ACAUUAGUGUAAAGAACAAUUUCAAGAUGAAAAAGUCUCCUUUAAGUACGCCAAGUGGUAGCAGAGGAAAGCAAAAUUACAACUGGAAGGUACACGAUCAUAAAAAUGCGACAGGUUAUAAUUAUGUUAACAGUGAUAGUUAUCAAUGUUCUUCACCAAAUGGUGGUCAAACACAGCUUGGGAAUGACUUUAUUCCUUUAAAUGUUAGUACGCCAUUGCCAGAACAAAAAAGGUACAGUGGUAAUAAUUGGCAUGGUUCUGGCUGUCGUAGUCAUCGUAAUUCAGGUAGUGGUGGAUUUAACCAUUACAGAAACAAUUAUCAUGCAACCCCAAAAUCAAAUUUGAAUAAUUCGUACUCUCCUUAUAAGCACCAUGGUAAACAGUUUUAUGGUCAAAAGAAGGGAUACCAAAAGGAUGUACGCAAACAUGUUGACAUAUCAAAUUAUGUAGAUAUGAAAUCGUUCUUGGAAGAUCCUUGGGCAGAAUUAACAAAAAAGUUAAAUAAAUCAAAAGAAACAAAAGGGAGUAAAUCCUUUAAAAUUGAACAAUCGGUUCCAUCACAAUUGAUUUAUAUAGACUCAAAAUCUAGUUCAGAAAGUAAAUCUAGAGCAAAUGAUGAUUCUCAAUUUAGUUCAGAAUCUAGAAAUGAAACUUCUGUAGAUGUAACAUUGGGGUUGGAUGAUACUGAUAUUAGUGAUCUAUCAAGAACAAAAAGCUCAAUAGAUUUAAAACUUGACAAUGUCAGAUUCAGUGAGGAAUCAAAAAAUAUCAGCAUUUGCAGUAAUAAUGACAGUGCUUGUAAAGACACUCAUGAUGAAAAUAUUCGUCAUUCUUGUACUUCAAAGGCAGAUAUAAUUCAAGAUCUUAUAUAA